AUGCACGCCUCCAUCGUAGCCAUCGCACUCGCCCUCCUCAAGGGCACCAUGGCCGGAUACGCCGAGGUCUGUCUGAACAAGGCCCACGGCUGUAUCGACUACCGCGUCACCAAGGAUUGCUGCGCCGCAGUAGGCGGCCAGCAGCACUUCGAGGAGGGCUCGCACAUCUGCAUAUCGAAUAAUCUCUGCGGCGGCAACGGCGUCAACAUCGGGGCCAUGGUGAACUGCUGCGAGGCCCGGGGUGCCGGUAGCAGGGAGCUCCCCUACGACGGAUUCUGCAGCGUCACCGACGUUCCGCCGAGGUGCUGA